AAAUAAUAGGAAAAAUUAAGUUAUGAGGUGCACCAGAACUCCUCCAACUCCAUGAGCUUCUUGCAGCCUCACAGCGUGCCGACGUCACUGGAGUCCGGACCACUCCUGCAGCAAGUCUACAAAAAAGUCACAGCAGCAGCCCGUUUGCUGCAGUGGAAUCUCUCUCUCUCUCACAUACACACACACACACACACACACACACACACACACACACACACACACACACAGGUCCUGCUGGAGGCUGCAGAGCACCAAGCUGUCAACACAAGAGGAGGAAUAAGCACAGACGAGGAGCUGCAGUGAUACAGCUGAGGUUCCUUCCUUCUAGCAUCAAGAUGGCUCAGAGCAACCCGAAAGACCCGGCACCUUCAAUGGGGACGCUUUCCCCGGGCCAGCUGCAGUCUCAUUUCAAGAUGGAACCAAAGACUCUGGGGGCCAUCCAGAUCGUUAUUGCGGCUUUGAUUCUGUGUCUGAGUGCCUCCGUGCUCCAAAUCCACGAGGUCCACUUCACCGGAGACGUAGCCCUCUUUCUCAUUGUGGUCAUACAGGUGACCUUGUCAGGGUCUGUGUUGAUCCACAGCGGGAGGAGACCCACUCUCUUUUGGGUGAAAUGUGCCCUCGUUUUGCAUCUCAUCAGCGCCGCCUUCGCCACCGCCGCCCUGGGUCUGAUGUCCAAGCACCUCCCCUACAGGCAGGACUCCUACCACUGCGAGCACUGCCGGCGACUAGAGCUCCACGCUGUGCAACAUUGUUUCAGGAAAUGCACCGCGCUGAUCGAGCAAAAGUGUGAACUCUUGAUUGACGGGAUCCUGGGAACGCUGGUGGUCUUCCUGGUGCUGGAGCUGCUCAUCUGCAUCAUCGCCAUGCUCUUUGGGCUCACUGUGCUUGCAGCUCGAAGAAGCCAGGUUCCAAGUGAGCGACCUCGCUAUCCCCAGACUCGCCCCCCACCAUCUCCAUCUCCAGCUGUUCCAGUUGCAGCCGAGCCAAGGGUGUCCCAGCAGGUGGCGGUUGUCGUGACCGAACCAGACUCUGAGCUGGUGGAAGAUAUCACCACCCCACCUACUGAACCUCAGGUGGAGCCUAUCGACCCCUGAACACACACACACACACACACGCACUUCCUGCUCUUGUCAUUGUGUUAAUACAGAUGCCACACCUGGUGCUCUUUAACAAUGCGGCACCUCUCGUCUUCUGUCUCCUCCUAUGAACAAUAGCGAGUUAACUCAGGUGACAAUUUGAUUGGAUUGUGACCGACAAGUCCACAAAAACACACCUGCACUGAAGUGUGGUAUAGAUCUGUGUUAUUAGACAUACUGUGUGACCUACAUUGAGUCAGUAUAGUAGUGUAUAGACAGAGAUUGUGUGGAGAAAACAUAUAUAAUCACCUCACUAAUAGUGCGUGUACAGGUAUCGAAGAUGUAACCUGAUGUAUUUCCAUCUUAAAUUAGCUAAUAAACAAGAAAAUAGUUAUUGAUGAUGUUGCUUUAACACCCGAUGUAAAGAAACGUAAAGGCUUUGUAUAUUAUCCACCACGUAACGGCAUGUUUAUCUUUAAAUGUGCAUUGAUAAAACACUUACUUCAGCAAAAGAACACGACUAAAAUGAUCAGUCACCACUGGUGUGCACUUAAGCAUUGUAAUGACUUCUGCAUUCCAUGACACACAUUGUAUAUUGUAUAAAUGUGUC